UCUUGGGGGCAGGGUGGUGCAUUUUAGAAUAGUGCCCACUAUAUUAUCUUGAGUUUGCAUUUUACUUCAUAUCCCAUAACCAAACCACCAAUAAUUCUGGUUAGCCAUAUCUAUAAGAUAAAUUCUUAACAUGGCCAUUGCUCAUUAUUUUCCUUGCUAAAAGCAUGGUUCAAGCCACCAUCUUCUUUAGACCACUCCAACUACCUUGUAAUUAUAACCACUGCCUCUCCAUGAGUAAACUCUAUUCUCCAUCUUCAUGUAAGAGACAGAGACAUCUCCCAAAGAUCAACCAAACACAUUGUUCUUGUGUAUAAGUGUCCCAAUUUCUUCCCACUACACAUAGAAAAUUGCUUCCCACUACACAUAGAACUCAGUAUCCUUAUCCUGACCUAAAAUGAUGCUAUAUGAAUCACAAUUUUAUGAUUUUCAUUUCCUCUCCCAUUUUUCAAUUAUUCUUCAGCCAAAUUGGUCCCAAAACACAAAAUUGGAUUCUGUUUAGGCAUUUUCAUUGGCUCUUCCUUAUUCUUGGGUUUUUUUUCCCAGUUCUUCACGUAUGAGCCUUCUUCUUUCAUAUUUAAUCUUAACUAUCACAUUCUCAGAGUAGUCUUUUUCAACAGUGUGUCCCCUUCACCCUAUGGUAAUAUUUCCUCACAUCACCCUACUCCAUUAUCUUAAUAAGGGAGAUAAACAUAUUAAUAUUUCUAUUAUCUCUCUAUUGCCUUUCUCAUACUCUCUCCAACAUACUAUCAUGCCCUAAAAUGAAAGUGCUUUGUGGAAAGAUUUUGUUUCUUAUAUAUUAAUCAUUGAAUCUAGCACAGGUACCACUGCCUGGUGCACAAUGAGUGCUAAACAAUUUCUUGAUGUACUUUAGAAAUUGAAAGCAAUAAAUAAGUAAAUAAAUAAAUGAACAAAGAAUUUUUUUCUUUCUUUGAGGAAUAUGGGGAUAGGCAAAAGUUAAAGGUAUCUUGAUGAUUACAACUAUUAAACAACAACAUUGAAUAUUUAACUAUGAUGAGCAAUAUGUUAUCCAUUGGUGAAUUGGAGAGAUGACAGUUUCUGGAAUUGGAAACACUAUGUUUGGACUGUAAUUCUUUCAGUUACAAACUGUGUUACUUUGGAAAUACUGUAUAGCUUUUGGGUUUCUAAUCUAAAAAAUAAGACAAUGUAAUCCACCUGCCAUAGUACUUGUGAUGUAAUUGAUACUUCUUAUAUUAUUUGCCUUUUUAAUUAACAGUGUUUGCUACCUGGGAGAGGAAAAUAAUUUAAGUACACAGAAAAUUGUAACAGGACAAAGUAGAAGUGUCACAGGAAUCACAAAAUUUGAAAGCUAGAUAACAUCACAUCAAUUAGUAUUAGUCAAUUUCAAAAGAUCUCAGAAAAGAAAUAAUAUUUUAUUAUUACCUCAAAAAUAGAGUUUUUUUAAAAAUAUGGAUGCCAUGCUUAUUUUUUCAUAUGCACAAUUUUAUUUAUUUUUAUUAUUUCUCAUAAUAGUAUAAUAUAUUUGGUAAUUUUUAGAGAUUUAUUUAUUUUUAGAAAGCCUUUAUUUGAUAAAUAUAAAUUUCAUAGGUACAGCUUUUGAAUUAUAGGGAUUCUUCAUCCCAUACCCCGCCCCCCACCUCUGCUCCCAUCUAAUGGUUAAUUUGAGAUACACUGGUGAAGACAGUGGUCUUACUGAUGUAAAAGAUGGUGAUUGAUAAUUACAGCAUUAGUUUCAUAUAUUUGCUCCUCUAGAAAAGUUACCUUCCAGCAUACAAAAUGUAGAGGUAAAUGGGAAUAGUAAGCAUAGAAAAAGAUUGAUAAUCCUAUGGAUCCAAUGAAAUUAGAAAACUGUUUUUCUCUGUUUUGUUUGCCACAUUUUUUCAUAUGCAGAUGAAAUCUAAAAUAUUCCCAUACCUCCUCAAUACACACAAAUGUCUGCUAAACUUUCAUUCACUGCCCAUUCACUGCCCAUAAUUCAGUUACUCUUUUUCUAUCUACUGAAAAACAAUGUCUGCCUUUCUCUUUCCUUUUUACAGCAUGAGACAAACAUGCAUAAGGCCCCAUCCCAUUCAGUUCCCACAAAUAAACAUGAUCUAAUGGGGAGUCUUGGAAAUACUGGGAUUGGAGCCAGACUGUGGUGAAUGGCUCUGAACCAUGAGGAGCACAUCUCUUUGAGGCUCACAGGUUUUUCUUUUUAAUUUUUUUAGCAAGAGAGUCUCUGGUCUCACCUCCACCUCACUUUCUCCACUUCUCUUUAACCUUUGCUUCAUACACAAUUCCCAUCACUGGGAUUAUACAUAACCAUCUUUCUAUUUCCAAUCAGUAAUUGCAGACCCAUCAGUUUCUCAGGAUAGAGCUGCACAUCAUGGGAACCACACUGAAGGCAUGCCUCCUUAGCAUUCUUGAGGAUCUUAUAGAGGAGGAAUUGGUAAAGUUCAAGUUCCAGCUGACAAACAUUGAUCUUGCUGAGGGAUAUAACCACGUGCCAAGGGGCACUCUGCAGCAGGCAAAUGCAGUGAAACUUGCUGACCUACUGAUCCAGUACUAUGGGGAAGAAUACUCCAACACUGUGACACAGCAAGUCCUGAAGGCCAUAAACCAACGCAGCUUGGCAGAGAAGCUCUGUCAGUCAAUGGAAAAAGUUGGAUCUUCCACUGGAAAGUCAACCAAAAAGACAAACAAGAGAAAACAAGAGACUGAAGCAGGACCUGAUGAAGAUAAAAUUAAACAAAAAAUACCAAAGAAACUAAGAAAUCUCUUUAAUACAAAGAAAAAUGUUGAUGAAUCUACUUCUUAUCCUAGAGAUCUUCAACCAAGCAGUGAUAAAGAAGUGACAGUUAAAAAUCAAUACUUUCAUCAAUUGCUCAAGCGGCUUAAUCUGGAGGAUUAUUAUCCCAAGAAGAUGAACAAAGUUGAUUCCUUUUUGAUAAAUAAGACCUCCUUCCUUAGCAUCCAACCAAGAGAUGAGAAGGAGCUACCAUAUCACUUUCUGGAGAAGCUUUUGGUAUUAGAUUGUCAUUUGAGGUACCUAGUUUACAGAAGUAAUAUAGAUACAAUUUCUAGUGUGUCCCAGACACUGACAACCACAGAAUCAGAAAGUAAGCUCUCAACAUUUGAAGACUUUUUCAUUAUCAAGGAAGCAUACUCAACCACAAUACAAACUUGCAUUCAUCCAAUGGACAUACAAAUGGUAAUUUUUCACUGUGCAGAUGACUUUACAAGACAGUAUAUUUUAACCAAACUUUCAAUUUGUCAAUUUGCUCUCCCACUUUUGGUGCCUAAUCCCUUUAAUUCCCAAAUUGAAUUCCCUCUUUGGUCUCUCAAGCAAGUCAGGAGAAGCUGGAAAGAAGUGGAAAAAAUAGGUUGGGAGAAAAAAAUUAGGAGCUAUGAUAACCAACUGAUCAGUUGGCAACCUAUGCACAUUGUGUCUUUCAUAAGAAUUGGAAAAUUUGUCUCUACAUCCAAAUCACAGAUUCUGAAUUCACUCCUGAGUAAGGGCAAACAUGACAAUUUUUUCCACCAUCAUUUUAGGGAAGGCAACAAAAGCUGUCUACUGAUGGAAGGUAUAGUAGAAAUAUGUUGGUUCUGUCCCGGUGGGAGAGCUCAGGACAGAUUUGAAAACUGUAUUGCCUUCACCAAUCUCCAUGGAAAUGCUGAAACACAUGAGAAGCAAGUUAAGUUCUUGCAUGAGGUCUCCUCAGUCACUGUGAUCCUCCUGUCAAUGUCUGAUAUUGAAAAAAUGAAUAAUUCAAUCCUGCAUGAAUUUUGGAAUUCACCCAAACCUCUUGUUUGUUUGUUUGAAAACGUGGAAAAUAUUAUGGAUGAGAAUUCUGCUCACAAAGUGAGAAUUGGUAUCAAGAAUUUAAAUAAGGUAGAAUUAGCUGAAAAAAUGACAGCAACAUUAACACGGCUGCUGAAGAAGUCUAGUUCUCCUUGCAGUUUGAGUAACUGUGCCAACAUUGCUAGGAAGUAUAAAUUUAUCAUUGAUGAGGAACAAAGAGAUUGCCAAGAAGCAGGAAGAAAAGCAGACUUUAUUGUUGAUCUUUUGAAAAAAGUGAAAUUAUCUCAGAUAAAACAAAAGUUACUACCCCUUCAGGGACAAUUAUGGCAUGAUUGGUGUAAGAAGGACAAAGAAUUGUAUCAACUCAGAGAAAAGGGUUACAGGAGCAUUGACCAAUACAAGAAUGAGAUUGAGAAAGAAAAGCAAAAGAUACGUUGUGAACAAUAUCACAACGUUAUUAACCUUAAUGACCUCAUGAGGUCUUUGAUUGAAAAUCUUCAGUCACACCCAGAGACCCAUACAGAGCUCUACUUUCUGCAGGGACUGAGUAUGUUAAUUGACCAACUAACAAUGAAGGACUUAGAAAAACUCCACCAAAGAUACCGUUUCUUGUUGACUCAGGUGCAGGCAGAAAAGCAGAAGCAAUCAAAAAUCGACUCAUUCAGACACUGGGAAGCUGAGCUAGAAGAUGUUUCCAAAGAGAUUAGUGACUCCACUCUAGGAAUCGAACAUCUCCUAAGAGAGGUGGGCCAGGUCUAUGAAGCUCUGGAAGAAGCUUCCUCCCAAACAAAUGCAUUGUUUCUCUCCCUUCCCCAAAUGGCUGCUGACCUGAUGAUAUCUGGGGCUCCCAUUGAGCUGAUGGAUGGGGAUGCUUCUUAUGUGCCCUUAAAGUGGGUGUCAGCUGUUUUAGACAAGGUUUCUGAGAAACUUGGAGACAAACGUGUGUUUGUUCUUUCUGUCCUUGGCCUGCAGAACUCAGGGAAGUCGACUCUAUUGAAUGCAAUGUUUGGGCUACAGUUCAGUCUCAGUGCUGGCAAGUGUACUCGAGGAGCCUACAUGCAGCUCCUGAAGGUGGAAGAGAUGCUCAGGGAACAAUUGGGAUUUGAUUUUGUGCUUGUUGUGGACUCAGAAGGACUUCAGGUGGCUCCAGAGUUCAUUAACAAAGCACAGAAUGAAGAAAAUGAGUUGGCAACUUUUGUCAUUGGACUUGGAAACUUAAUUCUAAUCAAUAUUUUUGAGAAGAAUCUAUCAAAAAUACAAGAUAUUCUGCAGAUAGUUGUCCACGCCUUUCUCAGGAUGAAACAACUGAAUAUCUCCCCAAGAUGCUUGUUUGUUCAUCAGAACAUAGAAGAAAUUAUAGAUACAAAUCAAAGUAUGGAAAGGCGAAGGUGGCUGCAGGAAAGAUUGGAUAAAAUGGCACUUGAUGCGGCCAGAUAUGAACAGUGCUCAGAUGUAUGCCAGUUCAGUGAUGUCAUUAAGUUUGAUGUCAAGACCCAUAUCCAUUACGUAGCUCACCUCUGGGAAGGUCAUCCUCCAAUGGCCCCUCCCAACCCCUGCUACAGCCAAAAUGUUCAGCAGUUGAAAAGCAGGAUUCUUAAGCAUGCCAAAGAAGAAUGCAGGGGAAGUAUUUUGAAGAUCUCAGAACUUAAAGUCCGGAUACGGGAUUUAUGGAAAGCCUUACUGAAUGAGAACUUUAUCUUUAGGUUCAGGAACACCCAGGAAGUCUUAGCUAUGCAUAAAUUGGAGAACAUCUAUAGCAGGUGGUCCUGGGAGCUGAGAAGUUACAUGCUGGACCUGCAGAAUCAGCUGAUCAAGCAGAUACAGGAUGAGGAAGUUGUAGAGUUCCAGAGAAGCUCAGUUGAGAAUCUAGUUGUGGAAAAGCAUGAAACUAUUAGGCAAGAAAUUGAAAAGUAUUUUAGAGAAGACAAGGAUAGAGAUAUACUGGCUCAGUGGAAAGGGAAAAUUGAAGAUGGCUGGAAGAAUCUUAAAGAGGAACUUAUAGUAGAGACCAUGAGAAAAUGUGAGGCUAUAAUAAGUGGAAAGAAAAUGCAAGCCCUUCUAAAUGAGCAAAAAGUAAAAUUUGAACAUAAAUUACUGGAAAAAAUCAGAGUGAUUGCUAAGUUCCCCAACAGCAAAGAGUUUCAUGAUAAUGAACUGAGAGAUAUGUUCAACAAGGUGUGGUCAGAGAACAGCUCCAUUCUACUGCCUCCCGCAGUUCCAUUUGCUAAAGAUCCUGAUAUUGAAAUUGAGCUAGAGAAUAUUCUUCUAGAGCAUUUUAAACAGCAUCCCAAUAUUGUCAACAAAAUAAGGUAUCGUGAUACAAGGAAAACAUUUUCUAUCAAUUAUUCUAAACAUGUCAUCACUUCUCAAAAGUUCCAAGUAUAUGGACCACUUAUGAAAGAGUCUGACAAGGAUAUCAUAAAUAAAACAACAGCUCAAAUUAUGGAAAUGGUUAAAGAAAUCAUACACAAAAGAGAACAACAGAACGAGGGAUACAGUGCUAGUUACUUCCAUGAAAUUCUAUGGGUGAUUCAUACUGAGACAGAGGCUGCAUCUCAAAGAGGCACAUUCAUGUUAACAACCAGAUACAAACUGGAACUUGCUCUAGAGUUAUUCCAAGAGGCAGCAAACCAUUUUAAAAAGAUGCACAUUGCAUUUAAAAAAGCAAACAACCCUGUUUUAAAUCUUGAAACUAAAAAAGAGGAAUUUUUUACUAAUUUUAAACUGUCCUACAAAAACUGCCAAAACAUUGGUUGAUGUCUUCAGUGCAAAGAAUGUCUGCUAUGUUAUGAAUUAAACUAAACAUUGAGAAAGCUUAUCAAUUCCUCACCUACUUUUUCUAUUCUCUUUCAUUCCCUUGUGUAAUGAACAUUUUUUGUAACCCAUACAACCUCAACCAAUGUGGGUGGGCAUUUGGCAAAGCAGUUAAGAUGCUGCUUGGGAAUCCUGGAUCCCAUAUUGAAGUAACUGAGUUCAAGUUCCAGCUUUACUCCCAAGUACAGUUUCCUGCUAAUACACACCCUGGGAGGUAGCAAUUGAUUGCUACUUGGGUCUCUGCCACCUGGCGGGGUAUGUGUGUGUGCGAGUGUGUGUGUGUGUGUGUGUGUGUGUGUAUGUCUACCCUUUUCAAUAAAUAAAUUUAGAAAGAAACAACCAUUCAGUUAAGCACUAUCAUUUGUAUCUACUCUGGAAGUUUUAGAAUUAGUACAUGAUUCUGUAAGUAACCUCCAAACUACCGUCUGUCAAAGUUUAAAUGAAAUAUUUGUAGAAGUAAUACAAGACAUGUAAUUCACUAUUUUGAUUAACUAACAUAUAAAGUAAUACAAAUAUAUACACCAAACAAAAAUAAAAAGGAAAGUUUAAGAACCAAUAAUAUAUUGAGUUCCAUUCCUUCUUACCUUCUUUUUCUUUGGGAUAUUCCUUCAUUCAUUUGUGUAAUUCUCAGUUGAGUACCUGCUAUGACCCAGGGAUUUCCAUAAGUGUUGGGGAUAUAGGGCAUUAAAGCACAUAGCCUCUGAUUGUAUGCAAAAUAGCAAAAAUUACUCUUAUAUUUCCCUUGGAUCAUUUAUAAAGUUCAUAUGUACUACUGCCAUCUUGUGGUCAUAUGCUUUUUGCUUGCUCAGUCCCAAGUCCUUCAAACUCCCUACUCUGGAAUACUUACUUUAUUCAAGCAUAGCUGGAGAGGAAGAAAUGUUAUUGCCUACACAAAUGAUAAGAUUGGAGUGAUUAAGUGGAGAUAUGAAGGCACAGAGGAGUAAGGCUUAGUUUAACCUAUCUUGGGAGAUCUUUCAGAAAAUGCCUUUAAAUUGAUGGAGAUGAGACCUGAGCCAAAUCUAGAAUAUUGAAAACUACCAAGUAGAAAAAAAGAAAAUUGAGGCAGAGGGAAGAGCUUGGACCCCUUAUGGAAGUAAAAUUCACUGGUAAGUUUAAAUCACAAAUUGUAAGUAGGACCAAGCAGGAA